CUUUUGUUUUCUCAAUGUUUUUUUCAACCCAGUGGCUAGAGAGGGAGGCCAGUUUACUCAAGCAGGAUUUGAAUCCCAGCCUCUCCACUCUCUCGCUGUGUGGCCUCGUCACAUUAGCUCCCUCUGACUGCUCAGUCUUUGCCCAUGACAGGUAGGCCCUGGAAACCCUGUCAUCAGAGGGGACGAGCCAAAUGACACAAUGCCUCUGGAGUCUGUCUUGGUCAGACAUGGGCCUGAGGUUGAAAUGAUCAGAAACAGCUGGUGUCCAGGUAGCCCUGUCUGGAGAGACCCCAAAGCCUCCAGAGCUACCCCUCAAGGGGUAGCACCUGAUGGCGGCCCACAGCCUGGUCUGCCCCAGACACUGAGGCUGGAGAACAAAGUGACUGGAGAGGCUCUGUCUCUCUGGGUGCUCCCAGGUGUCAGGUCAUAGGGGGGACAACGAAGCCAGUACCUGUCAUUCCAGCACUCAGCAAGUGGAGGCCGCUGGCCCACAGCUGGAGCACACCUGGAAGGAAUGGGGUUCGGCCCUUUUGGGGAGCAUACUGUGAAUGCCAGCUGGAUCGCUGUGCAGGAGCUGGAGAAGCUGGGCCUUGGGGACAGCGUGGACCUGCAUGUGUACCAGAUCCCGGUGGAGUACCAGACGGUUCAGCGGCUCAUCCCCGCACUCUGGGAGAAGCACAGCCCACAGCUGGUGGUGCAUGUUGGUGUGUCCGGCAUGGCCACCACAGUGACACUGGAGAAAUGUGGACACAACAAGGGCUACAAAGGCCUGGAUAACUGCCGCUUCUGCCCCGGCUCACAGUGCUGCGUGGAGGACGGCCCGGAGAGCAUCGACUCCAUCAUCGACAUGGAUGCAGUGUGCAAAAGGGUGACCACACUGGGGCUGGAUGUGUCUGUCACCAUCUCCCAAGAUGCUGGCAGGUACCUAUGUGACUUUACCUACUACACCUCGCUCUACCAGGGCCGUGGCCGCUCAGCCUUUGUCCACGUGCCCCCGCUGGGCAAGCCCUACAAUGCCGACCAGCUAGGCCGCGCGCUACGGGCCAUCAUUGAGGAGAUGCUAGGUGUCCUGGAGCAGGCGGAGGGGGACAUCGACUGUUACCACCAGCACUGACAGCCAAGCACCCCUGGGUGCCGUGAGAAGGGACACAGCCGGGCCCAGGGAAGUCCUGACACACAUCUGUCCCUCCUCCUGGCGGACCACAGGUGAAUGGACGCUCUGCCUGGAUAGCAUCCUGUGUCUAGGGACACAGCUGCUGUGCUUGAGGCCAGGCCGGGGACUGCUGACCUGCGUGCCUGCCGGGCUGCACACUCUGCUUUUCCAGGUCUGUGAACAGGGAGUUGGAGCUUUCCCUGUGGCUGGGGUCUCGGAAGCACCAUAAAGGAGUCUGGCUCUAA